AUUACCUAGUCCCACCAACUUAAAAGAUCACAGCCUACAUUUUACACACUUUGAAAAUUAUAUUGCAAAUCAUUUUCUAGUAAUUCAUCCCGCCAUAUUCUGUCAACAGUUCACAAUUCACCACCGUAAAAAUGGAAGUCAAUUUUCAAUUCGCUGAAACAAAUCUAACUCCUUGCGAACAAUCUAUGUUGAACGUUCUCAAAGCAACCCUUCAGUACCCAGUCGAUUCACAGUUAAAGGCUACCAAGCUAUGUAGCGAUAUCCAGUUCUUUUGCAACUCCCAGCAGGAAAAUACGGCCUCUGGUGGACAUCUCUGGGAAAUCUGGUCUGUGGUUAUCGAAAUGGUCCAAUACAUUUCCCCAGACCACCCAUGGCAAGACGUUCUAGUUCAAUCCUUAGGAAAUCUCCGCCGCCAAGAGGGUCACGUUCCUAAGCACGGAGCAUACAUGUGGAAAGACCUUCCAGACUUGGCCAUGCGCUUAAGAGAGAAUUGGAAUGACCCGACAGAAACGGGUGAAGAGCUGCCCGAAGAAUUUAUCAAGUGGAAAAACUUGAACUCUUUUGUGGCUCGGAUUACCAGUACGGACUUUGCCCCUUGGCUCGUUUUCCCUAUCUGGCAACUUACCAUGGCACUCGAGGAGCCCCCCGUGGCAGGCGGUGCAAUGGAAUGCCGGGUAUGGGUGGCAACGGAAUGGAUUAUACAUUGUGCAGCUGUGCUGUUCGAAGAGAUGAACUCCACAGAGCAAUUAGACGACAGCACAGCCCGUGCAUUGAUGACAGGGCCACUUUGCGAUACCGAAGAGCCGCUGAGUAUCAAACGCUGGAUCUUUUGGAAGAGACGAUUGUUGGAACUUUCUACUGACACUGGCGACUUGGCACUUAGUGGCGAGGCUCGCGAUCGAAUAUCAAAUGCUUUGGAAAGUAUGGAUUACACUGAGAAAUGAAAUAGGGGGCUUUUCCAAAGCAGCACAACGCCGUAUCAAGCGGCGAAGCACUAUACUGUUGGGUUAACCACAAGAGUUGACGUUUAAGAGACAACUGGUAUGGCAUAGCCAACAGUUAGGUCUGAGGAAUGUAUUCGUGUCAUGCUGUGCCUUGUCUUGGAAAAUGCUUAACACUUAGUUGGAUGUUACGCUGGCGUUCUUUUUAACCUAUUAUUUUACGUAGUAGCUACCUACCAUGAUGGCUGUUGGAUAUGAGUGAUAAAUUGUUCUGGAUAUAAAUGAUAAACAUUCCAAUUGG